CCUAUGAUCUUUAGACUGAAUUUAUCUGACACGUGGCUCCGAGCAGCGAGAGAUGGUCUGUAAACAAAGCUGCAGACAGCGAGGCUCACAGCAGGGAGCAGAGGAGCACAUUGUUUGACAGGAGGUCAACGAACGAGGUGUCUCCCAGGCCCAGAAACGAGAGAUGGUAUGGAAGAGACUGUUAAAACAGCUGGCGCUGAGCUACCCUUUCAUCCCACCGACGUGCUACACCAAGGUGCUGAACAUGGCACAGGAAGCCACCCAGUGGGCGGCACAUCUGAAGUGGAACCCUCAGACUAGUUCCUGCAUGGCACACAUGCCACAUCUCUACAUUGAUGUCCAUAACGGCUGUGUGAUGUACAAAAUAAGGACCUACAUCUCCCUGGUGGAAGACCUGCGACAGCGACGCUGCGCCUACACCAGGGACAUGUGGAGGCUCGGCUCCACUCUGAGGCAGCUCUUCAUCUUCAUGUCGGAGAAAUGCCACGGGGAGUUGGCGUUCACGAGCUUUGACUGUGCUGCACUUGAGCAUUAACAUGCAUGCAAACCUGAAAAUGACAUUAUCAGGAUUGUGAUACAGUCUGGAAUCAUUUGGAGACAUUUCAUAUAAUAAAGUAAAUCAAAAAUG